AUGCGUCAAACAAUUCAAGCCUACUACAUCCCGCCGUCGGCCGUCAAGAUCCCCCUGACCAAGACGUCGCGCAGCACCUACUGCGAGUGGAAGGGCGCCGCGACCUACUUCUCCGCGGCCGACGAGGCCUCGGGCCAGACGGUCGCCAACCGCAUCUGGGCCUACGAGCGGCCCACGCAGCGGUUCGAGGCCAUCCGGGGCUACCUGUCGUUCUACGCCGGCGCCCCGUGGGAGUGCUACGUGGACGGCGAGGCGGUGGAGGCGCAGCCGGGGGACUUUUACGGCGGCUGGGUGACGAGCGAGAUCGAGGGCAUCGUCAAGGGGAGAAACGGCAAUUGGGAUCCUGUGGUCUAG